UAGUAACUUCUCUGUUCCCGAAUGAUAUCCUCAGUGUGCAAUCGAGCACUAUAGAAAUCGCGGGCAAAAGUUUCAUUGGUGGUUCAAUGGAGAUUACUGUCAGACAAAACCGUACAGCAGUGAGGUUUGGUCCUAAUAAACGUAACAAUAAUACUAUAACCGGUCGUAUCGGUAGUUUUAGUGCAAAUGAAAGAAUCACUUUCAACGCAAUUGACUUGGUUGCUAACCUCACACUGGGACCCACUGGCUACACCGUUGACGACAUGAGGAUCCUGUUCCUGCCUGUCGACAACGACCUUUCAUAUAACAUAACUGCGAGCGACCGAGAUUCAGGAGACCGCAUAAAAAACUGGCUCAGCAACAAACUUCCUGUUGUGGUAGACACAUAUGAGGCGUCCGUAGAUCAGCUUACUAACGCCGGCGUUUUAACACUCAACGAUAGUUUAUUGUAAAUCAUAUAAUCCAUUAAAAUUACGCCUUGG